GCAAAUUUCGUAGUUAACCUUAAACGGUAGGGAUAAAUCUGGAAAGAGGAAUUGCCCUCCAUCGAUCUCCCACUCAGAUUAAAAGCAGUUUUAAAUCAGAAAUAUUGGCGCGUCAAUGAGUAUACCAAGACUGAGUGCUUCUGAGACUGAAUAUCGAAAACGACAUCAUUCGCAGAGCGAGAAGAUGAGGAAGAGAAUUCGAAGAGGCAACUCCAUCAACAGCUGCACCUCUCCUUGCUGCAGUUUUCCUACUCGCCACUCUUUCGACUGGUACGAAGAAGAUCUAUGGACGGAAAUCGCAAAGUUUCUGGACGGAAAAUCUCUGGUGAUGCUGGCAACAACAAACAAAUGGUUCAACCGCCUCAUCAUGCACGACAGUGUGUGGAGGUACGCAUGCUUGCGUGAUCUUCAGAUCCCAGCUCCGUGCCACGUGGAAUUCAAGUGGAGCAAGCUCUACGCUUCAGCUUUCAAUGGUAGUCAUGCUUACAUGUUCCGCCAGCAGGAAAAGCUUAUUGAUUGGAUGCGAAUUGGUGCAUUUUAUCUCAACUCACGAGUAGCCUUCCUGACCAAGAAUCUGAAUGGUCCGCUGAAAAUCUCAAAAGAAAAGACCAUAGAGAAGAUGUUGGAAUUCUUCGGGUCAUGCGUGUUGGAAAAUAUGAAAACUGGGAUUUGGAUUGCUGACCUGCAGCUUGUUCGAUGCCCUGUUUGCGACCUAAAUACCUGUGAUGGAACGAUGCAGACAUUAGAUGCAAGGCAUAUUGAGCUCUUCUUGAAAGAGGGCUACCGAGAUGGGAGCUGGGAGUACAAUCUUAUUGGAUCUCAUAAGAUUGAAAAGAAUGUUGGCCAAGCUUCUGCGGCAAUUUUUGAUGUCAAACAUCUCAAGGAAUCUUCAACAGCUGCGAUCUUCGAUCUCAAGUCAUGGGCAGGGAAACCCAAUGACUGGCAACCCAAGUCUCUUAUCGCUUUCAAUGCAGUUGCAAUAACCACCAAUUUACAAGAAAAUGAAGGAGUUCUUGUAAAGUACCAUACUCUGAGCUCUGGAACUGAAGGAGACAUCGUUUCAGUUAGAAUCUCACACCAGCUCCUCUAGAUCUUCUCAAAUCUCAGUUAUUAUGGUAAAAAAUAAUAGCUUUCUUUUAUGCAAUUACAGUAACUUUGUUGUGUUAGAUGCAACGACAAAAUUCACCGAACAGAUUGAUCUUCUAUACAUUCUACAAACUUAUGACUACAGGGUUACAACAAAGGAAUUUACAUGAACGAACUAGAAUUAACUGAUCUUGUACUUUCCAUUCUCUUUCUUGUAUUAGAAUUGAAAUGACACUAAGAAAUCAAAAGGUUUAAGUACGAAUUGAUAAUAAUAACUUGCAAGAUCUGCAUAUACACAAACCUCCCGUUGUGUUGAUAGUAUAUAUGUUCUUUCCUGAUGACAUUGAACGUUGAUAGUCAGCGUUCAUGCCAUUGAAAGUUGAAACUUAAACUUCAUAUUCGAAUUGCAUGGGAAAAAAAAA